GUUUUCCUUUAAAAAAGAAGAGUUUGGCAAAAAAAAUACAAAAGUGUUAGAGAUUUACCACCAUGGAAGCGGUGCCGAGGCUUCCUAUGAUCAGUUUUGAUCUAAAAACUAGUCCCGAGCCACCACAAUUUGCACCGAAACUUAAGCAGUACAUUGCUGAAUUUUACCACGAGGAUCCCGAAAGCUACAACAAUGAAUUUCACGCAUUGGAGGGAUUACGUGCAGUUGCUGUGCGUCCAGCAAAAGAUGUUACCGGUUGCUCAGUCCUAAAAAGAUAUUAUGCGCAGCUACAUGCUUUGCAAGGAAGAUUUCCAAUGGAGAAGGGGCAGCCUAUGGCUAUAUCUUUUACUUGGAAAGAUAUAUACACUUCUUCGUCGGUCUCGGCUAAUGAUAUCAGGUUUGAGAUUGGGGCAGUACUGUACAAUAUUGGUGCUCUGCACACUCAAUUGGGAGCAGCUGAUUCCAGAAAUAGUGCUGAUGGGAUGAAAUUGGCAUGCACUCAUUUUCAAUGCGCUGCUUGGGCAUUUCAGCAUUUGCGAGAAAACUAUUGCCAAGUUGUUAGUGAGGAUUUAUGUUCAGAAAUAAUGACAUUUAUGACUUCGUUGAGUUUUGCUCAAGCACAAGAGUGCAUUUUAGAAAAGUCUAUGGCUGAUAAUAGAAAAGCUACUAUUGUAGCUCGAAUUGCUGUUCAAGUGGUGGAUUACUACGGUCUGGCGUUGGCUGUUUUGUUGACUGGUGGUGACGAUGGACCAGUUGCAGAUACUGUUGGAUCCAAAGUGUACAAGGAGUGGAAGAAAUAUAUACAAUUUAAGAUUGCAUAUUGUGGCUGUGUUUCCCUCUUAUACCAAGGACAACAAGCAGAAGAACAGCAAAAGAUGGGCGAACGUGUUGCAUUUUAUCAAGCUGCAUUUAAUAGACUCGAGGAAGCAACAAAACUUGCUAAGGGAAUGCCUAAUGCAGAGGCAAUUGCUGAUGCUCUAAACUUCACUAAUGAUGUUGUCGAGGGUAAGAGGAAGGCUGCAAAGAAUGAGAAUGAAUUCAUUUAUCAUGAAGAAGUUCCAGAGAUGUCUGCGCUUACUCAAGCUACUGGAGCACCUCUUGUCAAAGGCAUAGCUUUUAGUGUUACUGACAAAGAUGUGCUCGGUGAAGAUAUAUUCAAGAGAUUAGUUCCAAUCAGCGCUCAUGAAGCCUCCUCUAUUUACUCUGAAGAAAAGGCACAAUUACUACGUGAUAUUGGCAAUAGAAUUGAGACAGCAGACAUGAACCUUCAAACGCAUUUGAGUGCCUUGCACCUGUUAGGUCUACAAGUCAUGGAUGACAAUAUACCACAGGCAUUGAUUGAUCGAUGUGCAGCAUUGAGUGCUCGUCCUGAUACUACGCAGGAAAUUACGCAAGCAAUGGAUCUUUUAGCAGAAACUUCGAAUGAAGUCCAGGCUCAGUUGCUGGAAAUACAGAAGUUACUUGAGAAAGAAGAUGAAAAUGAAAAGAAUUAUGUGCAGUCAAUGGGUGCCAGACCAAUAAACUCUGUCAUAAUAGAAGUAACCAGAGAAUUUAAUAAAUACAAGGAAGCAAACUCAAAAGCAGAAAGUUCAAAUGAUACAUUACGACGGGCUAUGUCGAUGCAUGUAAACAAUUUGCAAGUUCUUGCUCAGCCGUUGAAUGAACUUCAAGCCGCUCUACCUAAGAUCAAGGAAGAAGAUGCUCUGAAUGAAGAAUUAAAGUUAAAACUUCAAGGAAUACUAAACAAAGUUGAUGAAAUGAGAAAGCAGCGCAUAAGUCUUUAUAAUCAAUUUCGUGAGGCUACUCUUGCUGAUGAUAUCACUGCAAAGUUAGUUGCUUGGGGAGAUAAACCGUCUGAGGAAUUAUUCCAGAAAGAGCUUCAGAAACAUAAGGACAUGGUAGCGUUACUAGACCAAAAUAUUGCCGCCCAAGAGAAUAUUCUAAAAGCUCUAACAGAAGCUUACGCUGAGUGUGCUCCUUAUUUGAAACAUCAAAUGGAAAUUAUGCGAAAAAGAGAACAUUUCUGUGCCAGUUUAGUCGCUUCCUUUGAUGCAUACGAAGACUUAUUAUCAAAGAUGACGAAAGGAACCGAUUUCUACAAGAAACUGCAUACAAAUGUAUCGAAAUUAUUGGCGCGUGUGAAGAGCGUUACCAAUGUCCAGCAAGAGGAAAGAAUCGCUAGAUUGCAAACAAAAAGUAACCCCAUUAAGACUGAACCGAGUAUUGCAAGUAAUCAGAGUAAACCUGCUGCUAGUACUGCACCAAAACUAAAGGAUUAUUUGGCUGCUGGUUUCGGAACGGAUUCAUACAGAGUGCCAGGUGUUCGACCUCGUCCUCUCGGUUCUGAAGGAACAACUGAUCAAACUAUGGACAAUACAAGUUCUACUUAUGCACAGCAGCCAUAUUAUCAAAAUAUGAAUAUGGGACCUGUGUCAUCUAACACACAAGUAUAUCAAGCUGAUUUGUCGUCAUAUAAUUCGAUGAAUUAUGUAAUGGAUUAUUCAAAAUUUGGAACGGAUCAAUCAAAUCAAGAAAAACCUGUUUUGUCCAUGUCGGGAUACAAUUAUCAGCAAUAUCUACCGAGUACAUCGAAUAAAACUAAUACGAUUGAUGUAUCGGCAAACAUAAUGAGCAAUCAAAAUUAUAAUAGUAAUUUUGCAAAUAAGUCUGUGCAGUAUACGAAUGCUUCAAAUAUACCGAAUAUUCCUCAAGAAAUUCCGAAUGCACAAAACACUUAUUCACAAGGGAUGCAGAAUUUAACUCAGAACAUUCAGCAAAUGCAAACUUCAUUACCUAACACUCAAAAUUUGGCGCAAAAUUAUACUUCAAUGGUGUCAAGUAAUUCUUUGCCAAAUAAAACACCUGAACAAAAUUAUGUAUCAGCAGGAGGCAAUGUUCAAAAUUAUGUUCAACCAGUUCAAAAUCUGAACUAUCAACAAGUUCCACAAUCUUUUGCUAAUAAACAAGAUUAUUCAGCAAAUCAACAGAUUAUUAAUAAGCUUGGUCAGCAAAUGUCAAAUUUAACCAUCCAAAAUCCACCGACUGUUAGUGGAUACAGCACCAUGUACCAGCAAAAUCAGGCGGUAUCAGUACCAUCAAAUUUACCAUUAAGUUCUUCGGCUAAUGUUCAAUAUAAUCAAGCAAUGUCGUACUCCGGACAUCCUGGUUAUUCGUACGAUCCGUCUACUGGUUUAUAUCAAUACAGCUCUGGAUACCAAAAUAUGCAAAUGUAUGAUAAUCAGAUGAGGAAUUAUACAGGAAACUAUGGUGAUCCAAGCCAAACUAUUAAUUCGAGUGGUAAUUGGCAGCAGAAUUAUCAGUAUACUAAUGCUGGUAAUAAUUUGGGAACCAGUAAUACGUUGUCUUCCCAAGCUGGACACUUAGGUCAAAGUUUUGCACAGCAGUAUGCUUCUAAUGCUUCGCAAAUUAGUGCUGAUCAGUAUUAUUUACAAAUGUAUGGAGCUGCAGGAGGCAGCAUGGACGGCUCAAACAUUGCUGCUCCAUCAGCUGUUUAUCCGCUCACCCCUCAAAGUCCAAUGACUUAUAUGAACUCUGGUGCUAGUAUAACGAAUACAACUUUCAGCCAAGAUUCUGCAAAUUCAAAUCCAACAACGUCUCAGAAACAUUCCGCAGGAGUCCAAAGUAACGUGGAUUUAUUAGCUGGCUUAGAUUUUUCUUCCUCCGUACCGAUAUUAACCCCUGAACAAAAUUCGGUUUUAAACAAGAAAUCUGAAAAUGAUCCAAAAAACUUGAGUAGUGCUGACACCAAACAAAUAUCUGGUGUCAGCACUAAUAAAAAUUCCAAUGUUAGGGAAGAAGAAAAAAAUAUUGCUGAGAAAAAAGCCGCCGAGAAGACAGAGGAUAUUAAAAUAGAGCCGAAAAAUAUUAAGACUGAGAAACAGAAUAAAUUAUUGGAUCUGCAACAAACUCCGAGCAAGGAAAAUUUAGUUAUGUUUUUACAUGAGGUCGAGAGACAAGAGAAGUAUUUAGAAGGCAUCAGCACGAAAACUUUAAAUGGGCCGACACCUUUGGAAACUAAAUGGAAGGAACUUCAAGAUUUAUUGGCAUUAGAUGUGUCUUCAAAAAGUAUAUCAGUAGCAAGGUGCUAUCCAGCAAAAAAUCGUUGCCCUGAUCACUUGCCUUAUGAUCAAACGAGAGUGCAGCUGCCGGAUCCUAACAAUGAUUAUAUUAAUGCUUCUUAUGUAAAGAACAUGUCACCAGUAUGUCCAGAUUUCAUUGUAACUCAGGCACCAAUGUCCAAUACAUUGGCCGAUUUUUGGUCAAUGGUGUGGAAUGAAAAUAUCGAGACAAUCGCCUGUUUGUUAAAUUCGAACGAACUCGAUGUGGUGUAUUUUCCAACACAAAAAGAUUCCUCGGAAAUAUUCGGAGAUUAUAAGAUAACUUUGCAAACAAUAUCCGAGAACGAAGUCUGCAUUGAGCGUGUGAUGUCCAUUAAGGGACACAGAGAUAAACCGCCAAGAGAUUUUUUGCAUCUUCAAAUCAAAUCAACGCCUUCAAGUUGUGAGCCGAUAUGUGGAUUCGCAGACAAAAUAGUAUCUUGUUAUCAGAAACAACAUUCGAUAAGUCAUCCUGUUCUUCUUCACUGCUUAAAUGGGAACAAUGUGUGCGGAAUGUUUGCGUAUACAAUUUGUUCCAUUGCAAAUUCAAAAAUGUCAGCACCCUGUCUUUUAGAUUCGUCGAAUAUUUGUCAUUUGCUUUGCUCUCAAAGAAAAGGAAUGAUUCGAGAUCGACAUUAUUUGUUGCUAGCGAUGGAAGCAGAAGUUCAUAACGCCAGAGCAUUAUUAAAUAGACAUAAUCUAAUGACUUCCUAUCAAAUUCAGAAUAAAUCUAAGAAUACUAUUCCACCUCCGCAAGAAGUCUUAGUUAAAGACCCACUUGCUGAUUUAGAUCCGCUGUGGAAAAUUAGAAAGACGUAAAGUAAUAUAUUGUUUAUUAUUCUAUUCAAAAUUGAUAUUUUAUAACAUUUUUCAUAAUUA